CUGGGAGGAGAGAUGCUAGGCAGAGAGGUGUUUGUCUGUGGACCGGGUACUGACUGCCUGGUCCUCUCCCACAGCUGGGAGGGGCCGACGCCUAAAACAGCAGCUGGGUUGGUCUACAAGAGAGGUCAUCUGACCAGCUGCUCAGCCGAGACUGCCCACGCCCCCUUCUCCUACCAGGCUACACACCAGCUGGUGCCCACACAGGCAAGCCACUAGACCACCACCAAACCUACCUCUAGCUCCAUCGGGGACCCAUGUCCCCACAAGGACACAUCCAUCAGCUCAGAGAUUGCACCUGCUGACCUGAAGACCCCAGCCUGAGAUUCCUAGGGAGAAAGGCAGACAAGCAGGGAGGUCGGUUGUACAAUGUCUGUGAGCAGCGACAGUAUGGGACAGUCCGUGACGCGAGAGAUACUCAGCUACCUGGGUCUUGCCAGCAAGACUGCCGCUUGGGGAACCCUGGGUACUCUCAGGACCUUCUUAAGCUUCAGUGUGGAUAAGGAUGUGCAGAGGCUGCUGAAGGCCAUUACAGGCCAAGGUGUGGACCAUGGCGCCAUUGUUGAUGUCCUAACAAAUCGGAGCAGAGAGCAAAGACAGCUCAUUUCGCGAGCCUUCCAGGAACGAACCCAACAGGACCUGCUGAAGUCACUGCAGGCCGCACUCUCGGGCAACCUGGAGAGGAUCGUGGUGGCUCUGCUGCAGCCCCCAGCCCAAUUUGAUGCCCAGGAAUUGAGGACAGCCUUGAAGGCCUCAGGUUCUGCUGAGGAUGUAGCCAUGGAAAUUCUUGCCACCCGAGCUCCAGCCAGGCUGCAGGAGUGCCUGGCAGUCUACAAACACAAUUUCCAGGUGGAGGUUGAGGCGGACAUCAAGUGUAACACCUGUGGCAUGUUGCGGGACCUGCUCCUGGCCCUGGCCAAGGGAAGCCGGGAGAGCUACUCUGGAAUCAUCGACUACAAUCUGGCAGAACAGGACGUCCAGGCACUACAACAGUCUGCAAAGCCCAGCACAGAAGACCCAUGGAUCCUAAUCUUCACCCAGCGCAAUCCUGAACACCUUGUUCGAGUGUUUGAUCAGUACCAGCGGUGCACUGGGCAAGAGGUGGAGGAAGCAAUCAGGAAGCAUUUCCACGAAGAUGCCCAGGCGGCCCUGCUCAGCCUAGCCUCCGUGAUCAGGAACACUCCACUGUACUUUGCAGACAAACUUCAGUUAGCCCUGCAGGAAACUGAGCCCAACUACCAAGUCCUCAUGCGAAUCCUUAUCUCUCGAAGUGAGACUGACCUCCUAAGCAUCCGAGCUGAGUUCAAGAAGAAAUUUGGAAAGUCUUUGUAUUCUUCUCUCCAGGACACAGUGAAAGGAGACUGCAGGUCAGCCCUACUGGCCUUGUGCAGAGCAGAAGACAUCUGACACCUUCCGGCCCAUCAUCACGUGACAUUCAAAGACGAGCAAUGCCUAUGUUUGCCUGAGCCUGUGGGAGUCUAGCUGGGCCUCUGAAUGGAAUAUUUUCACCCAGUACCACAUAGUUCAUCUUCUUGAAGCUAUACGUUUA